AAUAUGGAAUCAUUCAAACGCAUUUUCUACACAGGACAUGAUAUUUUGCAAGGGAAGUUGUCUGCAAAACUUCGACAUUAGUAUGCAAGAUGUCAUGGUUGUCAGGACUGACAGGAAAUGUUGAAGAACUUCUCAACAAGAUCGACCAAUCUGCAGCUGGGGCCUUAAAGAAUGAGAAUGAGACAGGUUAUGCAUCAGGAAAUGUUGCCGGUAGUAAGCAGAGUGACCACACAGCUGAUGCUGCUUCCUCAAGACAAUAUGUUCAAAACCCUUCACCUAUAGGUGGUCAAGGAACAGACAAAUCCUCUCCAUAUGUGACUAAACCAAUUCGACAUACACUUACAGGAUUAUCAAAAUCACCCAGUACCCCACUUCAAGCAAAUAUAAAACAGGUUAGCUCUCCUAGCCCCGUCCAGAAACCACAGACUGGUGCUGUUUCCUCUGUAUCAAGUCCACAGCAACCAACAGUAGCCACAUCAGGGGGCAAGAAAAAGAUUGAUUCAGAUGAAGCUUUGUUUGACUUUUUAAAUAGCAGUGAUCCCGUGGAAGCGACUAGAAAGAAAAGUAUAACCCCUAUCAGUAGUGCUCGACAUUCACGACAGUCAAGCACAUCCUCUACCAUAUCAAGUAAGGGGACCAAGAGCACAGAUGCCCCUCCCUCCACAAGUGGGUCAUCUAUAGUGCAUAUAGAUUCAGCUGGACCAGGAAGUGAACGAGAGAGUCCAAACUCGGAGCCUGAUGGGCUGGCUGAUGUUGCAGCACUGGCUGAUGCUAUGCUAGAACAGAGUCCUAGCAAUAGCGUACAUAGUAACCAAGGUUCAGAAACAGCUGGAGAGGCCCAUCAGAAAAUGUCCUCACUGGAACUGGAGAACAAGCUUCUAAAAAAUGAAGUUGCUUCUCUCAAUCAAGAGAUGUCUUCUAUCAUACAGCGGUCCAGGGACUCUGUUUCUGAAUUGGAGAAAACCAAACAGAAGCUGGACUCCUACCAUCGGUCAGCCUCUAUGCAUGACCAACUGGUACGUGAGUUGCAGUCACGGGAAUCAGAUCUGACAGAGGCUCUGGGGGCCAAGGAUUCCCAACUGGCCGUUCUUAGAGUGAGGCUGGAGGAAGCAGAUAAAGAGCUGACGAGGAAAGCUUCGACAGUACAAAAUCUUGAAUCACACAGGAACAGGAUUCUUCAGGACCACACCGAUUCCAGUGGUAUGCACAGCCAGGCUCUUGACACUCUCAAGGCCAAACUAGUGGAAGUUGAAGCUGCACUCAAGAGGGAACAGGAGGCAUACAAACAGGCCCAGCAAGAGGCUUCAGAUAGACAGGGUAGACUUGAAGUUGAACAGAGAAGUCUUGCUGAAGCCCUAACUACCUCAGAAAGGAGAUUCAAUGAAGAAAAAGCCAAAGUUUCUGAGAUAUCUAUCCAGAUGAAAACACUGAAGAGUAACGCUGACUUAGCCAAACAGGAACUGACAGAGUACAAGGAGAAGGCCACACGGAUCCUACAGUCCAAGGAGAGACUGAUUGCCAGUCUAAGGGAAGGGUCGGGGGCUGCAGGAGAGAUGGCUGGAGUCUCCAGUCUGGAGUAUGACUCGAUCAAACAGGAGAGGGACAUGUUUAGGGACGAGCUACAACAAUCCCGGAUGACUGUGGACAGUCUGAGGGUAGAACUGCAGGAUCUGGAGGGGCAGCUACAGCGAGAUAGUGAUGAGGCAAAUGACCAGCUGCGAGCUUUAGAGGACAACCUUCUGGUGGAGAAACGUCGACGGAAGGAGGCCGAAACAGAACUGCUCAAACAGAAGCAGGAGAUGCAAUAUUCAAUAGAGGAGAUUCACAAACAAAAGGGAACGUUUCAGAAUUGUGUUAGAGACAGAGAACUUGAAAUUGAAAAACUCAGAAAUCAGCUCGCAACAAAGUCCAUGAGUUCUACAUCUGAGAAUGAGCUAGAAUCUCGCGUCAAGUCCCUCACUGAGAGCCUCAUACAAAAACAAACAGUGUUGGAGGCCUUGAGUACAGAGAAAAACUCACUUAACCUGCAGCUGGAGAGACUUGAGAUGCAGUAUAAAGAUGUCCAGGCUUCGUCCCUUAGGACCAACACUGCUGUUGUUCACGUCAAUGAUGAUGAGGAAGCAGUGCGACAGAGGCUGCCAGCUUUCAUGCGUGAAACAGCCACUGACACAGAAGUGACAAAAAAGAUGAAGCGUGCUGCCAACUCUAUUGAUAAACUAGGUAUACGCCUCGGAGUUUUCCUGAGAAGAUACCCCAUUGCCAGAGUAUUUGUGAUAUUAUACAUGGCAAUGCUGCACCUAUGGGUGAUGGUUGUGUUGUUGACGUACCAGCCAGAGAUGCAUGGGGCUGACCAUGGACAGCCAUUACCUCCCCCUGGUGCUCACUGACAGAUACAGGGUGCUGGCACUCACUGACAAUGACAGCAGUCCUGAUCAUGUGACGGUGUACAGAUGUGUUGACAGUUUACAUCAACAAGGGGAACAACUCUAUCACUUCACAUAAGCAUGACUAUUCGAGGGGUGUUGGAAGCUCCUUAUUCUACAGAUUGGGUCCGAAUUUAUUUGUACCCUAAUUUUAAGAAUCAGAACUUGUUUAACUUAAUACAUGUAUCAUCACAAGGUAUGCAUGAAGCACAGGAGAUAUAUAAAGUUGAUACUUUCAGAACCUCAUUGUUCCUGACAUUGAUGAUCUGGAAAAUUCUCAUUGGGAUGAUUUUUUUUUAAAACCUUUUUAGACAUUUGACAGAGUUAGAAGCUUUGUAAGCAAAUGUUUUCAUCGAAUACCAUGAGUACUUAAAUUUAAUAAAUUAUCAGUGUGGAGAAAAGAGGUACCCUGAUAAUGUUUUUUGAAGUAUUGUAAGUCAAAGGUGCCCGAUGCAUAAAGACAUUGGUUAUAACCUUAAUGAUGGACAUUUAUAUUAUGGCUGAUAGACUAGUAUGCAUCUGUUCAGUUUGUUAAACCCUUAAAGUUCUGUGUUACGCUGGGAGUAUAGAGCCAUGCAAUUGCAUAAAAUAUAGGAGUAUGAUGAAAGGUUUCAAUCACAGCAUGCUCCAAGCAUCACUUAUAUGUAAGGUCUUUAUUCGGCUGUCUAGAUUUGCCUCCAGAUGUGAGGCCUCAUUGGGACAAUUUUAACUUACAAUUUUUGUUUUCCCUGAAAUACUGUUUUGUUAUCAUGUAUACUGAAAUUCUUAUAACACAGUCUAUAUAGUUUGUUCUGUAUAUUGAAAACGUUUUGAUGGAAAAGAGAUCUAAUCUUUCAUGAUUGUUCUCACUGCAACUUAUUCACGAGAAUUCAUUUUAUGGAAGACCAUCAACAGCUAAUUGUACAUUGCUUCUUUAUAUCAGAUUACAUCCGCACAUCAACAAGCUCGAGUUUAUUGUCACAAAUUAAUGUGACAAUGAUGAUAUCUGGUGAAAUGUGUUUCAGUCUUAAUGUGUGUAUUAGAGAUAAGGUUUAGCUGUAAAUUAUUUUUUCUAUGGAUUAACUUUCGUAGUAUUGCUUAAUUUUUAAUUAUCAUUUUAAGUCCAUCUAAAAUAAAGUGAGUUUACAGAGUGCAGUGUAAUCAAUUAUGUCCUCAAAUUGGGACCUCGGUCUUAAAAUUCCCAAGAACUUAAAGUACAAGAUUAAUGGGCUGAAGUCAUUAUUCAAAUAAGUGCAACAUUAAACUGCUUCAGUUGGCACCCACACAGGGACCUGAGAAUUUGUUACAGCUGUAUUUGGACCUAAACUAGGGUGUUCAGAGUGAUUUAACAUGCUUGGGGUGGCAUUUUUACUGAAAGUUGAUCUAAACCCCUAAAACAUGUAAAAUCUCACACCAUCAUUGGGAGUGGCAUUUUUACCAAAAGUUGAUCUAAAGUGCUAAAACAUUUAAAAUCACUUAGAGCACCAUAGUUUAGGUCCAAAUACCAUUUAGCAUAGUCAAUAUGAAUGCCAAGUUGAAACCUCAAAUCCAAGGAAGCAUGCAGGCAAUUCCUUUAAUUUUUUUUCAGUUUCCAGUAAACACUGGUAUGGAUUGUAAAUAGUAACAGAACAGUUUCUCUGUGUUUAUGUUUACUAUUUUCAUAUAAGUGGAUGACAUGGAAAGUUAAAAUUAUUUAUUAUCAUAGGUUAGCUAUUAGUUCAGAUUUGAAUAUUUUUUAUGUAUGUAUGUGAUGUUAAUUGAUGCAUCAGCCAUCAUCCAGCAAGGAUCGGUAGUAUCCCUUCACUACAGUAGUGAUGACAGUGUCUAUAUUUGGGCCUUGGCAUUCAAUGUCAACUUAGUUUGGUAGGGUUAUGUUGCUAUUAUCAUGCAAUGGUAAUAUGAUGGUUUUUAUUUAUGUCACUGGUGUGUGAUUUUUUGAUCAAGUAAAUGGUGUUUAAGGACAUUAUACUGACAAGUACAUUUUGUUUAUGUUGCCUUUUAAUAAGAGAGAUGUAUAGAAUUAAAAUGUAUGCAUAUAUUCUUUAGAUCAUGUACAUAUAAUCAAAUAACAGACAACUGUAAAUAUUACAUUGAUAGUGUUGCUGUAUGAUUACAUUGACACAAUUACGUUGAUAGUGUUGCUGUAUGAUUACAUUGACACGAUUACAUUGAUAGUGUUGCUGUAUGGUUACAUUGACACGAUUACAUUGAUAGUGUUGCUGUAUGGUUACAUUGACACGAUUACAUUGAUAGUGUUGCUGUAUGAUUACAUUGACACGAUUACAUUGAUAGUGUUGCUGUAUGAUUACAUUGACACGAUUACAUUGAUAGUGUUGCUGUAUGGUUACAUUGACACGAUUACAUUGAUAGUGUUGCUGUAUGAUUACAUUGACACGAUUACAUUGAUAGUGUUGCUGUAUGAUUACAUUGACACGAUUACAUUGAUAGUGUUGCUGUAUGAUUACAUUGACACGAUUACAUUGAUAGUGUUGCUGUAUGAUUACAUUGACACGAUUACAUUGAUAGUGUUGCUGUAUGAUUACAUUGACACGAUUACAUUGAUAGUGUUGCUGUAUGAUUACAUUGACACGAUUACAUUGAUAGUGUUGCUGUAUGGUUACAUUGACACGAUUACAUUGAUAGUGUUGCUGUAUGGUUACAUUGACACGAUUACAUUGAUAGUGUUGCUGUAUGGCUACAUGGACACGAUUACAUUGAUAGUGUUGCUGUAUGGUUACAUUGACACGAUUACAUUGAAAGUGUUGCUGUAUGGUUACAUUGACAUUGUGUUGUAUGAUUACACCGAUACAAUGUCACUGUAGGAUACAGUUUUUCCAUUGAUCUGUGAUACCUGGUUUUAUUACUGUGUGCAUGUCACAGGUGGCAUGCCACGAUUUUAUACACAGGAAUAUUUUAGGUCCUCAUUUUUUGAGAAGACCAAUAUCAAGACUAUACACCACAGUUUUGAGCAUUCUGAGCAUAAAUACAUUGGUAAUACAUUGGUAUCAGCCAGAUACAAUCCUGAUUUACUGCAGUUUGACUGCUCUGUGGCUUUUUAGCUGUCUUUUCAUUUUCCACAACUUGUAUUUAUUUCUGAGUUAAAUUUCCCAUUUAUUUAACAGUAAUGUUUAUAUAAUGGUUCAUUGUGUGUAAAAUACUGUUUCUUUACAAACUAAGCGAAACAUUCAUGAAAAGGGUCUACAUGGAGGUGUCCUUUAAAUACAGUUUAUUCACUAUCUGCAGCAAUUUCUGUUGAACAUGCUUUAAAGACAGAUUUUCUUCUUUAUAUAGGUUUUACUGUGUACAUUCUCCUAACAAAUCAUAUCAAUUGUUAAGCAAGGUGAUGUAUACAUAAACACAGGAUUUAGUACAUCUGCUAUUUUAAUGUCCACGACCGGUAUUUUAAUCACAACUGCAGCUGAUUCCUGGGAUGUGAUUGUCAGUCAACAGAUUUGUUACCGUUGCAUACAGAUCAGAGAGGUCAAGAUUAGAGGUGUACACGUUAUAGGUGAUUAUCCACCGACAGCCUUGUUACCGUAACAUACAGAUCAGAGAGAUCAAGGUUAGAGGUGUACACGUUAUAGGUGAUUAUCCACCGCCAGCCUUGUUACCGUAACAUACAGAUCAGAGAGAUCAAGGUUAGAGGUGUACACGUUAUAGGUGAUUAUCCACCAACAGUCUUGUUACCGUAACAUACAGAUCAGCAACGUCAAGGUUAGAGGUGUACACGUUAUAGGUGAUUAUCCACCAACAGUCUUGUUACCGUAACAUACAGAUCAGCAAC